UUUUAUUGAGUACUUUACACCACUGCCGCUCACUCAUUAUAACUUUAUUAUUGGGAAGCUGUUGUGCAGUAAAAUCCGAUUCUGAUAAUAACUGACAUGCACCAUUACAGCCAAUCCUAAACGAGCAAUGGAAUGAGCAUGUUUAGUGAUUUCCUGGUUACAACAAAAUGAUGAAUGUGGGUGUGGCUCACAGUGAGGUGAACCCCAACACGCAGGUAAUGAACAGCAGAGGGAUCUGGCUGGCAUACCUACUGCUGGUCACUGUGCUGUACUUGUUUCUGCACACAGUGAAAGGAACUCCUUUUGAGACACCAGACCAGGGCAAAGCUCGUUUACUCACACACUGGGAACAGAUGGACAACGGCAUCCAAUUCACAUCCUCACCAUCUCACACAUUGUACUGUAAGACAGAACAUUUGUGCAUACUAGUAUUAUCCAUGUAUAUUCUUGCCAGUUUCUACACCAAGUACGAUGCCACGCAUUUCCUGGUCAAUACAGGCUCUCUCCUCAGUGUCCUCCUUCCAAAGCUGCCCUUGUUCCAUGGAGUACGAAUAUUUGGGAUCAAUAAGUACUGACACAACUGGAUAGUAUCAGAUUUAUGUUUUAUUUAUGUGUAGUUCAUUUCUAAGGUCCAGAGGCAGAAAUGAAGAAGACAUGUUCAGUAACUUUGAGCUGUUUUGAAGGAAAUUGUUGUUUUUAUUGCACAGCUCAUGUUACCUCUCUGACCCAAAAACAAAGGAAGCAAAAUGUGCUGAACACCAAGCUAUAAUGAUUAAGAGUUACUGAGUGGCCUCUGCUUUAUUUCACUAUAUUAAUUUUCAUUAUAUGACAUUUAUAAUGUUUGUGUGCAUGUAUCCUCAAACCAUUCUUCUCUCUUUGGUUGGAUGACAUGUAUUUGCCAUUAUUUUCUAGAAAGAGCUUUAAUGUGAACUUCAUCAGCUUGAAAACUAAGUCUUCAUAAUUACUUGUAUUUGUCCACACAUUAGAAUGUGUGAUUAGAGAGUUUAGGAUAGUGGGAGCCAUCAAAAUGGAAUGGUGGGCACCAGUAUGUUUGUGGUGCCUUAAAGUUUUCAGUUGGCUGCCACAUUUUUUACAUUUAGUUUGUUGACCAAUCCAUGUGAAGACUCUUGGAUAUACAUUGCCACGUGAGCAUUCUCAAUAUGUGAUAGUGCCUAAAAAUAAAUGUUCCAAUAUCA